AUGGAUUCCAAGCGCCGCAAGACCGGCGACCAGGAUGUCAGCGCGUUGAGGUUGGCGUCGCGCCAGAAAUACCUUGCCGAACGCGAAGCGCAACAACUCGCCCUACUCCGCCGCCAGGUCGCCGAAGAAGCAGAAGAGGAGGCGAGGCUGGGCAACAAGCUGAGCGAGAGAGAAAGAGCAGAGUUUAAGAAGAAUCGUCAGACCCUGGAGCUGGCCGAGGCGCGCAAUGCCAUCGACGAUUCCCGACUACAGGAUGGCUUUCAUUUUCAAACGGACUCGGAUAACCCCCUCCUGGAGGGUACCGCGAGUAAAAACGACGUACUUUAUCGUCGACACAACGACGCGUACGACUCCAGGCCUCAGCAAGAUGUUCCAGAUGCGUACACGUCAGGUCCACGUAUUCCUCAGGACCAAGACUACGAAUACGUUUUCGAUACAGCUAAUGAGGUGCGCUUCACAGCGGAGGAUGUAGCUCGCAUGGACCCUGCCAAGCAAGCUCUUGAAGCUCAACUCGAUGCCGCGGAGAAGCGAGUUUUGUCAAUCAAGGAAACCCGCGAAUCCCUUCCAAUCUUCAAGUAUCGACAGGAGUUACUCGAUGCUGUGGCCAACUACCAGACCCUCGUUAUCGUUGGGGAUACUGGGUCAGGAAAGAGUACGCAGACGCCCUUGUAUCUUCAGGAAGCGGGCUACACAAAGGGGGGUGGGAUGAUCGCAAUCACACAACCUCGACGAGUUGCGGCUAUGAGCGUUGCCAAGCGCGUAGCAGAAGAGUUUGGCUGCAAGGUUGGCCACGAGGUCGGAUACAGCAUUCGUUUCGAAGAUCAGACUGAUCCGCAGAAAACGGUCCUGAAGUUUUGUACGGACGGAGUGUUGCUUCGUGAAAUUCAAACCGAUCCCCUUCUAUCGAAGUAUUCUGUAGUCAUGAUCGACGAGGCACACGAAAGGUCCAUUGCUUCUGACCUUCUGCUUUGUCUUUGUCGCGAAGUUUGUCGAGCCAGACCGGAAUUCAAGCUCCUCAUCCUCUCUGCGACCAUCAACGCCAGCAAGUUCUCCGAAUACUUCGAUGGCUGUCCCUCCUUCUACGUGGAAGGGAGAAAUCACCCGAUCGACAUCCGCUACACAAUAGCUCCAGAAGCAAACUACCUAGCCGCAGCAUGCACGACUGCUUUACAAGUCCAUCUUGCAGCUGAUCUGCCCGGGGAUAUCCUUAUAUUUCUUACUGGCGAAGAAGAGAUCCUAGCUGCUGUCGAAAAUCUCGAGACAACUAUGAAGAAACUCGGGAACAGAGUUCCAGAGCUCAUCGUGCGCCCCCUCUAUAGCGCACUUUCUAGUGAGGCUCAAGCCAAGGUCUUCGAGGAAACGCCUCGUGGAUCGAGGGCUUGCAUCGUCUCAACGAAUUUGGCUGAGACAUCAAUCACAAUCAACGGCAUCAAGCACGUUAUCGACUGCGGAUACGAGAAAGCCCAAAGUUACGACCCUGUCAGCAACGUUAGUUAUGCAUACCGCCUGUACACGAAACACGCUUUCUACAACGAGCUCCCCGAGCAGACAGAGCCCGAGUUGCUCCGUAGCAACCUCGAUAGUGUCAUUUUGACCCUCAAAGCGCUGAACAUUGACAACCUCCUCGAGUUCGAAUUUUUGGAUUCCCCACCAAGUUCUUCUGUAAUUCGAUCCCUGGAACAGCUCUACAGUUUGGGCGCAUUAGACUCGACCGGGAGGCUGACGCGACUGGGGCGGAGGAUGGCAGAACUGCCGCUCGACAUCAAGCUUUCGAAAGCUCUACUUGCGUCAGAACAUUAUAAUUGUAGGGAGGAAGUGCUCAGCAUCUCUGCUAUGCUCUCCGAAAGUACCAGUCUGUUCAUAAGGCCUCGAGACAAGAAGGUAGCAGCUGAUGCAGCAAGAGCGAGGUUUGCGAGCACCGAGGGCGGCGAUUUUAUGACCUACCUCAACAUUUGGAACCAGUACGAGGAAAGCGGCUUCGAUAGUCGUUGGGCUACUGAGAAUUUCCUCCAGUGGCGAUGUCUCAGUCGGGCCAGGAACGUUCGCGAUCAGCUCCAGAAUCUUUGCGACCGCGUUGAAGUACCGUAUUCGAGUUGUGGCAGCACAGAUCACGUCGCAAUCCGGAAGUGCAUAACUUCGGCCUACUUCGUCAACGCUGCUAGGCUCGCGCGUGAUGGGCUGAGUUAUCGCACAGUAUCGAACAACGGAAUGACGGUGUUCAUCCACCCCUCCUCAAGCUUGAUCGAGAACCGGCCAAAAUGGAUUGUCUUCUUCGAAAUCGUAGAGUCAUCCAAGACUUACGUACGAUCCGUCUUACCCAUCCAACCAGAAUGGCUGGUCGAGGUGGCACCUCACAUGCACACUGAGAGCUCGAUAUCCAAGCUCGGCGACAACAAGAAGAUGCCCAAGGCGACAGCGAAGAUGCUCAAGGAAAGAUAG